CAGACGCGACUCUCGCCCUUGCCACCAACCCCCAUCAACAGCCCCUCUCUCUUCAAGCCUCUUCUCCGUCCUCGUCGACGCCGUUGCCCAUUACCACCACACAGGACAUCCUAAGAAUCGUUUGCCAUGGAUAAAACUCUCGACGAGGUAAGUUUUUCUUUUUGCGCCACACUUUGCUGUGAGGGACGAUGUCACUCAUUUUCCUUGAAUCAUUUGUUACAGAUCAUUGCUACGCGCCCCAAGGGUACUCGUCGCACUGCGACCCGUCGUGGAGGCGCAAAAGGUCAAGUUCUUGGAACUGCUAACGCCCCUACCACCCGUGCUCGCGCAGCUGCUGCAGUGGCCGGCGCGAAGGUCCCUACUACCCAAGCCCAACCCGCUGACAAGAUCAUUGUUUCAAACCUUCCGCCCGAUGUGAACGAGGCUCAAGUCAAGGAGCUCUUUUCGACCACCAUUGGCUCUCUUCGGGAUGUGACCCUCCACUACGAUAGUGCGGGUCGAUCGAAGGGUGUGGCUGCGGUCCAAUUCCAACGCAAGGGCGAUGGCACAAAGGCAUUCCAACAAUACAAUAAUCGGCUCAUCGACGGAAAACGCCCGAUGAAAAUCGAAAUUGUUGUCGACCCCACUCGACCCGCUCCUCCCGCGUCGCUUGUUGCUCGUGUUGCUCCUGCCGCUGUUGCUGCUGAAGGUGGCGCCCCAAGAACUGGUGGUCGUCCCAGACGCGGUAGGGGAGGAGGAGGACGAAGAAGGACUGAAAGGCCAGCCAAGAGUGCUGCUGAUCUGGAUGCAGAGAUGGAGGAUUACACGGCGAGCAGUGCACCUGCUGCCGCUUGAGCUUCUUAAAGUCUUUGACUACGUUUUCCCUCUUAUUUUCUCCUGUUGUCCAGUUGUAUCACGUACAUACCGUACUCGCGUAAAGUUUAUGUUUCCGCUUCCCCCAUCUCUUGUUCGUCCACAUCGUUCGCGAUAUCUUGUCUGCUACUGUCGAUUUCUGAUUCUCAUAUUUGCGUACUACGAUCUCUGCUGCUUUAUAUCAUACUUGAGGUUCUCGAACUCUUGUGUAUAUUGCUGGUUGUCAAUUUGAAUGAGAUGUCUUGAAACGCCGGCGCCUUCGACCCCAGACAACA